CUUGCCCUUGUGUUUGCUGUCGUUCUUCUAAUUACCUCAGAAGUAGCCGCUAGAGACUUAGCCUCCAACCAUGACGGUGAGGUUGAUGGCGGUAGUGGAUACAACCGCGGUGGUAGUGGACAUGGAGGGUACAACAACGGCGGCGGACAUGGAGGGUACAACAACGGCGGCGGACAACAACGGCGGUGGACAUGGAGGGUACAACAACGGUGGUGGACAUGGAGGGUACAACAACGGUGGUGGACAUGGAGGAUACAACGUUGGGGGACGUGAAGGAUAUAACGGUGGGGGACAUGGAGGGUACAACAAAGGCGGCGGACAUGGGGGAUACAACGGUGGUGGACGUGGAGGAUACAACGGUGGUGGACAUGGAGGGCAUGGCAAAGGUAGUGGUGGCCAUGGAGGGCAUGGCAAAGGUGGUGGUGGUGAAGAGGCAACUGCUUACAAAGAAACUCAAAACUGAUGAUAAGCAUAUUCGAGCUGGAUGAAACAUAUAUAAUUUCAUGAGUCGAGUAUUAUAAGAAUGUUUUAUCUUGCAUCAUCAGUACAUACUCCUUAUAUAUGUAAUA